AUGGCUGCUCAAGCCAGUGCAGGGGUUGAGAAGCUCGACUUAAACGGUGCCAAUGGUCAUGCCAAAGAGAACAACACCGGUGCCUCUGCCGAGGAUGUAGCAGACAAUGACGACUCGGACGAUGACAAGGAAGAAGAUGAAGGCGCGGCAGACGGCGCUGCUACUGGAGCCGCCAAGAAGAAAAAGAAGCGCAAGCCCAAGAAGAAGAAGAAGGGCGGAGCCAAGAAGCAGACAUCUCCUCCCACCGUAGCCCUCUCGGAGCUUUUCCCGAAUAACCAGUAUCCGGAAGGCGAGAUUGUCGAGUACAAGGACGAGAACAACUACCGCACAACUAGUGAAGAGAAACGCUACCUGGAUCGCAUGAACAAUGACUUUUUGCAAGAAUAUCGCCAGGGUGCAGAGGUUCAUCGUCAAGUCCGUCAAUGGGCUCAGAGCAACAUCAAACCAGGCCAGACUCUUACGGAAAUUGCAGAGGGGAUUGAAAACGGCGUUCGUGCGCUCACAGGUCACCAGGGUCUAGAAGAAGGGGACAAUCUCAAGGGAGGAAUGGGUUUCCCCUGUGGUCUUAGCAUCAACCACUGUGCGGCUCAUUACACCCCUAAUGCGGGAAAUAAGAUGGUUCUGCAGCAGGGAGACGUGAUGAAAGUCGACUUUGGCGCCCAGAUCAACGGCCGAAUUGUCGACAGCGCCUUUACGAUGACCUUUGACCCGGUCUACGACAACUUGUUGGCUGCUGUCAAGGACGCUACAAAUACUGGUAUCCGGGAAGCCGGUAUUGACGUUCGCAUGAGCGACAUUGGAGCAGCCAUCCAAGAAGCUAUGGAGAGCUAUGAAGUCGAAAUCAACGGUACCACCUACCCGGUGAAAGCUAUUCGUAACCUGAACGGACACAACAUUGAUCAGCACGUCAUUCACGGCGGCAAAAGUGUGCCCAUCGUGAAAGGCGGGGACCAAACGAAGAUGGAGGAAGGCGAGACCUUUGCGAUUGAGACUUUCGGAAGUACCGGCAAAGGUUAUGUGAGAGACGAUAUGGAAACGUCCCACUACGCCAAAGUUCCAGAUGCAGCCAACGUAUCACUUCGUCUGUCAUCUGCAAAGAAUCUUUUGAGCGUGAUCAACAAAAACUUUGGAACUCUGCCGUUUUGCCGUCGAUAUCUUGAUCGACUCGGCCAGGAGAAAUACCUUCUGGGGCUUAAUAACCUGGUCUCUGCGGGCAUUGUCCAGGAUUACCCUCCCUUGUGCGAUAUCAAGGGCUCUUACACCGCUCAAUAUGAACAUCCUGCCAAGGGAGUCGAAGAGCAACCACAGUCUGGCAGAGCGCAACCACCAACAGGCUCCUCUUCAGUCGACCACUUUUUUUGGACAUAUACCGAAGAGCCCCAUCGAUCACGGCGCCAGGCAAUUAUCAAGGCUCAUCCCGAGGUUACCAAGCUAUGUGGUCCGGAACCACUCACGAAAUACCUUGUUUUCGCCGUCGUCUCGCUUCAAAUUAGCUGCGCUUAUCUGCUUCGCGAUACCUCUAUGCUCUCGUGGAAAUUUCUCCUUACCGCAUACGUGAUCGGGGCCACCUCGAACCAGAACCUGUUCCUCGCCAUCCACGAGAUCUCUCAUAAUCUGGCCUUUCGUUCGGCAUUUGCAAACCGUCUGCUUGCUAUCUUCGCAAACCUUCCAAUUGGCUUGCCAUACAGUGCUGCUUUCCGGCCUUACCACCUCACACACCACAAGUCUUUAGGAGUAGCAGGUCUUGACACUGAUCUGCCUACAGCAUUCGAGGCCUUCCUUCUUGACUCCUUGCUGGGAAAGGCCUUUUUCUGCACAUUCCAGAUCUUCUUUUACGCCUUACGACCCAUGUUUGUUUACAGCCCGCCAUUCACCUCGAUCCACAUCAUGAACCUCAUCACCCAGCUCUCCUUUGACUACAUCCUCAUCCAGGUGAGCGGACGAUCGUUCCAGCCUGUUCUAUACCUCCUCUUCAGCUCCUUCCUCGCCGGUUCGCUGCACCCUUGCGCAGGACAUUUCAUUGCCGAGCAUUACUUUUUCUCCGAGAUCAAGUCUGGCGGUACCGAGUCGAUGAAAGAACUCAAGAAGCGAGAAUUGGGCUCUUCUUCGUCAAAGAACACUGAAAAGAGCCCACUGGACUCGCUCGCACCCCCAGAGACAUACUCCUACUACGGACCCCUCAACCUCCUGACCUACAACGUCGGGCUGCACAACGAGCAUCACGAUUUCCCUGCAAUUCCCUGGACGCGCCUGCCAGAGGUAUACCGCAUCGCCCGCGAGUUCUACGAGCCGCUUCCGUGCCACCGAAGCUGGGUCUGGGUUAUUUGGGCGUUCAUCCUUGAUGAAAACGUCGGUUUGUGGUGUCGCGUAAAGAGAGCCAAAGGUGGGAGGAUCGUUGGCGGACUAUCGAAACGAGCUGGUCGCGGCGGUGAAGGCAUAUCGGCUGCGUCAGCGAAAGAAGACGAAGAAGAAGAAGGUGGAUGGAAGGAAAGCGAGAUUCAGAAUUGA